AUGGCAUCAGUCGUAUCCUCUCGCCCAUCAUUAACAUCAAAUGAUGCGGCCGUUCUCCAAGCACUUUUCGACGCUGAAUCCUCGCCCUCAUCCGGAAUUUCCAUCGAUUCUUCGCUUCCUUCAUGGCCAGCAAGUGUGAAAAUCUCACAAGAAGACCUUCUCGCCUUGAAGACUCGCGAAAUCGAAAUCAUUCGAGAGCUACAGCGAAGCACAAAUUCAACCUGCGAUAACGUACAAUCAGCGGUGAACAGACUUGAUGCUCUUCUUACUCAAUACCCUACCUACCCACCCGCUUAUACCAACCGCGCCCAAGCCCUACGCAUGCUGGUAGAUCUCCAGUUCAACAAUACCGACACAAGCACCGAGCAAAGCUCAGAUGAUGCUCUAUUUACACCAGAAGCGGCGAGUAUGGCAUCUCAAAUUUUGGAAGAUUUAAGUCAAGCCAUCACCCUCGCUACACCCGCUUCCCCAGCAGAUCCGGUAUCAUCAGUACAAGCUCGGUUACUAGCGGAUGCGCACACACACAGAGGAUACUUGAUCUUGAAAGCCGCGAGAGUGACGAAGAAUCAGAUUUUACGAGAGGAAGCCGUAGGCCCGGACCGCUUGCGAGGACUCGGGGCAGACCAGCUGGAGGAGAUGGCUAGUCGGGAUUUCUUCUUCGGGGGACGAUAUGGAAAUAAAGUGGCGCAGCAACUUGCUGUGCAAACAAAUCCGUAUGCGAAGAUGUGCGGGGCCAUUGUUAAAGAGGCGAUGAAGAAGGAAUUCGAGGGGUAA